CGGAAAGCACAAAAAAAAACAGCACAGAACGGAAACCGAAACCGAAAGAAAGAAAUGCAAUCUGUGCCGUAAGCGGGGGCGUACAACAAAGGUUUCAAACUCCCGGAGCGAGCUCGAUAGGCUGUCGCAGAUCAGCAGAGCCGCAGAUACAACCAAUCCCCGCCAGAGCCGGUGACGUACGCAGUGCUGUGCGUUCAAAAAAGGGACUGGAAAGGCGGGAGAACCGCGGCGAAGAAGGGCGGAGCAGAGGAGAGGAGAAGGAGGAGGCGGUGGGCGGCGUCAACAGAAGCAAUCAAGUGGCAACAGGAGAUAGCCGGGGCAAAAUGCAAAAAGUUAAUUAGUCCGGGGCUAAAUCAAAGCGGACACCCCGCCGAGGGCGAGACGCCAACGCCAUGGAAUUCGCCGACCUGAUAAAGACCCCCAAGCUGGACGGAGUCCUUCUGCACGACCCCUCGAAUGCGGGGGCGUCGGGUGCAACAGUUGGCACACUGUGCAUCACCGGGCACCAUUUGCUGCUCAGCGCCCGCCAGGAAACCAGUCAGGAGCUGUGGUUGCUGCACAAAAACAUCGACUGUGUGGAGAAGAAGCCCAGUUUGUCGCAGAACGUCGUGGUCGGUGGCCUCAUCACCCUGAAAUGCAAGGACCUGCGCAUCAUCUCGCUGGAGAUCAAGUGCGGCAAGGAGUUCUUCAACGUGGCUGCAUCGCUGGAGGCACUCAGUGCCAUCCAAAAUACCGAACUGCUGUAUCCCUUCUUUUACCGGCCCAUGUACUCGAUCCUAGAGGACGGCUACACGAUGUUUAGGCCCGAGCUGGAGUUCGCCAAGCUCAUCAGCGGGGUGGGCAUGGGCGGUGGGUCGUCGCCGAAUGUGGCCAACAUAACAAUUUGCAUGCCAUCAACAUCGACAUCGACGCUUGCUGUGGGCCCUGGCCUGCCUCAUCCCCUGCAGAAUGGCUUUGCGAUAGACGCCCUUGCGGGUGGUGUGGGCGGUGGAGCGCUUCAGGGCACCCAGGCCGCCUGCGAGUGGCGCAUCACCAACGUCAACAGAGACUUCAGCGUCUGUGCCACAUAUGGCGCCACGCUAAUUGUACCUAAAGCAAUUACGGACGAGCAGAUAGUGCUGUCCGCCGCGUUCCGGGACGGCGGUCGUUUUCCCGUGCUGAGCUACAGGCAUGAAAACGGCGCCACGCUGAUGCGCAGUUCCCAGCCGCUGUCCAUUCAGGGCAUCAAACGAUGUCGAGCCGAUGAGGCCAUCCUUAAUCUUGUUCUGGGACGCAGUCGAAAGGGCUUUAUUGUAGACACGUGGGGCAAGGGCAAGUCCAACACGGAAACAGACCUGCACUACUCCCAGUGGAAAAAGGUCAAUCGGUCAAUUGGCAACGUCAGCUCGCCCGCUUCGAUCUUGGAUAGUUUUGCUCGGCUGAUCGAGGCCUGCAACGAUUUGGGCUGCAGCUCGGACAAGUGGCUGUCGCGACUGGAGAGCAGCGGCUGGCUGAGUCUCGUGCUGAACUCCCUGAAUGCCUCUUGUGUGGUCGCCCAGUGCCUGGACCAGGAGGGCAGCCCGGUGUUGGUUCACGGCGCCAAGGGCUUGGACUCCACGCUUAUUGUCACCUCCCUGGUGCAGAUCAUCCUCAAUCCCGACUGCCGCACUGUGAGGGGUCUCCAAGCUUUGAUAGAGCGCGAGUGGAUCCAGGCGGGUCACCCGUUCGCCUCCCGCCAUCGCUUCUCAUGCUACACACCAAAUCAGACACGGAACAAGACAUCUGGCGCCACCUUUGUGCUCUUCCUGGACUGCAUCUACCAGCUUUACACGCAGUUUCCCUGCAGCUUUGAGUUUAGCACUCAGCUGCUGAUCCUGCUCUUCGAGCACAGCCAUUUCUCGCAGUAUGGCACCUUUCUGUGCGAUUCAGAGCGAGAGCGGAGCGAACUGAACGUCCACACCAGGACCACAAGCCUGUGGUCUUACCUUAAUCGGCCAGAUGUCCUCCAGACACUGUUGAAUCCGCUGUACGAGCCCAAUGCCAAUGUGAUAUGGCCAUCGGUGGCGCCUAUUAGCUUGGAGCUGUGGAGCGAUCUCUAUUUGCGAUGGGUGAUAGAUCAGCGUAGCUGCGCGACAGUCAUGUCGCAAAUUCAGGAACUCGUGACCCGCGAGAAGGAGCUAAGAACUCAGGCCCUCAAACUGCGCAAACAGGCCUUGGAACUCAGCCAGGAAGUGUCCACACUUAUGAAAAGUUCAGACGAUGCAUAGUCGGCUACCUCAGAAGUUCUCUAUCUCUUAAUCUCCUGCAUGAUAUACAUUUAUUUUUGAUACCUUCUGUUGCAAGAUUUCGAAAAUUAUUUAAGCAUAUAGCAACACUAAAGUUAAGUCACUAAAAGUUCCAUUUACAAAAAGAAUAAUGCUGAAGAAAACAGAAAACAACACAAGGUAAUUGAAUUAUUGGAUAAACCAUAGGAUCUGCUUUUGGAUCAACUCAACACUCAAUUUUAGACAUACGUAUGUCCAUUUUUAACAACUAUACUUAUACUAUAGAAGUUUUGUUUUAUAGUUACUUUGUAAAAUGAAAGAUUAAAGAGAUAAUGCUGUAACUUAAAACUCUCUCCUUGCAAAACGCGCUCUCUACUGUCGAACUCAGAUUUAGAUUCGAAAAUUGAAACUGCACAUGGCAACUAUCAAAGAGUUGGGUCAAUUUUUGACGCAUUUACUUUUAUGGAAUUUUUAGCGCAUAAGUCUCCAGAAUUACCUAUUUAUAGUACUUACUUGUGUCAGUUAUUUAGUGGCCUCCAAGCCACAGAUCAAAUUUAGUAUUAUAAAUUCAAAAUAUUGGCCUUUUUCGAAAACAUUUGUAUGUAAAUUUGAUUAAAUCGCAAAAACUUAAAGCUUCAAAA